CGUAUAGUUCCACGCACAUCUUCUCUCGUGUUUGAGCUUAGGAAUCUGAUUCCUGAAAUUCUGUCUGCUAGAUGGUCCCAUUCAUUCCUCCAGAGUUGGUGAUACCCAUUGUCGAAGAGAUGUAUCAUCUACCCGAUGGAACUGCAGAUAUACAUACCCUCUCCGCCUGUUCCUUGGUCUGCCAGAGCUGGAGAGUGCACUCACAAAGACUUCUUCUAUCUCGUGCCACCAUGCGGAUCUGUGGUCCUCCGGAUGAUGGGCAGAGAUCACUUACUCUACACCAAUGCCUCUCAACCGGGAGCUUAGGGUCGUAUAUACGGGCGUUGGACCUAUCUAUCACUACCAGACGUGGAAGCCUAGGUUCCUUUGCACCACAAGCCACAUCCGCCCUCUCACCCGACGAAUUCGUAUCAGCGGUUGAAUUCUGUCCACACCUUUAUCACCUGUCGCUCAAUAUCAACGCGAUGCAUUCGUUCGAUGCGGAUGCCGUCGAACGUCUGAGCUCUCUGUCUCUCACCAUACGGGCCCUCGAUGUCUCAUUCGGCAGCGUCACUUCGCCCGUAGUUUAUCAGCUUCUCGCGAUAUGGCCUUCCAUUCAAAGUCUGCGUCUCCGAACAGAGAUGAUUGCGCCCCUCCCAUCCGUACGCCCAGACUUCUCGCUGUACGAGUUGUCGCUUCAUAGAUCCGUCCGUCGCGGGGUACUGGAAUGGCUGAUACCUCCUCCGGAUGCGCCCUAUCCCAGUCAUAGAACGCCACUGCGUAUUCUCGAUUUCUGGGAUACGCCGAACGAGGAUAGCCGCGACAUUAUCUUCGCACAUGCUACCAACGUCCGCUCGCUACGUCUCACCUAUCCACCGCCUGCCGGCUUCAUGGAUUCCUUCAACGGUAUACAGGAAUUCGUUUUGCGCACUACACCGGAUCUUCUUCCCCUUCGGCCACUGCCCUCGUCGAUCGAGCAUCUCCACUUCCACAAUUUCUCCUCGCCGAGCUUUGCACACUCCCUUGUCCAUACUACCUCAUGCAUCAGGAGCCUUCCGAAUGUCACCCUCGUGACUGUUAAUAAACCUAUCGCUGAGCGAGAGGACUUCGGAAACUUAGUCAGGGUUUGUGAGGGCAGAGGUAUCGAGAUACGGGUGGAUCCGAAAUUUUAUUAUUUGUAUGAGUAUCCGGUGCCGGUUGAGAGGUUUCCUCGACUGAGGACAAUUGAGAACUUGUACAAGAUGAACUGACUUCACGCCCGAGGCUCGAUAGCAUCUAUCGGGUCGCUCGGUUUGGGCCUCACGACAUUGACGACAUUCUGUAUAUCUAUCUAUGCAUCGUAGGGGCAUCAUUGGUCACUGGUGUUGUGCUCUUGAACAACGACUAUCUUUGACGUGCAAUGCAUCUGCUGAUGGACGAUGUUUGUAGGAUGGUUUAUUUGUGCUAUAUCGCACUGUUCCCACCAGUGGCUUGACUGCACCGUGGUGUUUGUUGUGGUGUUUGUUGUACUUUGGUUGUGCUGUUUCACUGAUGAUUUUCCCCUUUAUGUCGUCACGGUUUCUAUAUAUAUGGGCCGAUCCACCCUUCUGAUUGUAUAUAAAUUCGAACUGUAGUUAAACACUAGCCUUCUGGAAGGAACUAUACUUGCC